AUGACUAGAAAUGAGCCGUGGAUCUUUGCGAUUAUCGUUGUUUUAAGUCACUCGUCAUUUAAAGGGAAUUCCCGAGAAUGGACUCAAUUUGUCCCAUCCGGUACCCCAUCUCCGCCAAUCGCUUUCUAUUUUAAGGGUUAUCCAGUUUAUCCAACGCCAUCUCAUUACGAUACACCAAAAUCUCUAUCAGUGCAUAAAUACGAUGAAAUAGAUGAUCCUUAUGGUGGAGCCUCGUCGCCUACUGUUCGUCCAAUUGUUCAGCAUCCGAAAGCCGUCCUCCAAAAGCAACGUCUUGGCGGAAUCACGCAGAAAUUCGCCUCGGCCAAGACGAAAAUCAAUCCAAAGAAAUUCUCGCGUCCAAUUCAACCAAAAAUUCAUCGACACUCAGUGGAAAGGACGAAUUCAACUUCACCAAUCCAAAGAUUUGUGACUUCCAAAUCCAAAUCGCACAACGAAACAUUCGCCGAAAUGAAAUCUCAAGUCGAUCAUUUGGGAUUUCUUCCGCCAAAAAUCAACAAAUCACUGCCAGUUCACGAAUUCAAAAAAGUCGUGAAGAAUUCUCGAAAAACGACUCCAAUUCCAAUUCCAAUUCCAAUCAAUUCAAAUGCAAUUGAUUCAAUUGUGGAUUUACCGACAAGACUUCAAAGUUGGAAAGAUAAAAACAUUCACUCAAAUAAGACUAUGAAAAGACCAAUUGAUACAAAUAGAAAGAUUCCAAUUGAUCCAAAGGAAAGGAACAUUACUGUUUCUCGAGGUUUUGGCUCAGUGGAGGGAUCGAUCAGCGAGGGAAGCACUGAUGAAAUAUCUUCUGAUCCUGAUGGACCUGUUCUUUCUCCUCCUCCACCUCCAUCACUAUCCAUUCCAGCUCCCGCUUUACCCAGAUUUGAUGAACAA